GAGUUGUCAACUUAUAAUAUUAAAAUUUUAAAUUGGUAAUUUUUAUUAGAAGAAACAAUGUCUCAUUUGGAUUUAAUAUGUGACCAUUCCAAAGAAAAAUUAGUAGUAGUACCUCAGGAUGUUUUAGAUUUAACAAACUUGAAGAUGCUUUUCUUAGAGGGGAAUUUUAUUACUGCAUUACCGGAUAAUUUGUUCUGGAAACUACCCAAAUUGAUGUGGUUAGAUUUAAGAAACAAUUUAUUGGAAUCUAUUCCUACUAGUAUUGCAUUUCAUGAAAAACUAGAAAAUUUGUUAUUAACGAAUAAUAAUUUAUAUAAUCUGCCAAAUGAACUUGGUACUGUGCCAAAUUUAAAAGCUCUGCAAGUUUCUGAUAAUCCCUUAAUAUAUCCAAAGAGGCCUAUUAUAGUAUCUGGUACAAAGACCAUAAAAAACUUUCUAAAAGCACAAUAUGAAAACGAACAAGCCAAAAAGCAGAUAGAAGAUGAUGAUACAGAUGAUACAGAUAAAAAUACUAGAUCGGACAGUUCCAUAACUAAUGAAGAAGAAUUUAAGAGAAACGAACAACUGAUAAAGGUAACAGAAAUAGGGAGUUAUAAUGAUACAGAUACAUUCGUUAAACCAAGUCAAGGAUCUAACAGACCAUCUAGCAAAAAUUCAACAGUUAGGACAAUCAGAAAAAAAAUAUCAGAUGACCAAGCUUUUAAUCCAGACCUAAAAAUAAAACAGUUGCUCUCACCGGAAUUAGUGAAAUGUAAGAGGGAUACAGAUAAAACAAAAAUAAUACAUAAAGUAAGUAGAACUGGAUCAAAAUUGUUCUUAAAAUCUUACUUUAAUAAACCACUAUGCGGAGGCGACGGGAAGAAAUUUAACAACUUAAAAGAAGGAUGGUUAAAUGAAUUAAGAAUAUUAUUAACAGAUCAAGAACGAAUAUUGCAACAAGAAAAAAACCUUAGAACUAUCUCCAGCUGGAGGAUGAAGAAAAAGUCAGAAAGCGAAAUGUAUCCGAAAUUUUCUAGUGAAGACCACGCGAAACCACCAUACGAUAUAGACGAAAGGUAUUCCAAAAUGCCGUCUAGAGAGGAUCUGGCUAAACAAUUUAGCGAGUUUAAAGAAAAAGGUUAUGUAAGAAGCGAACCAACUACUUACUCGACAAUAAAUGUUCAGAAGAUGAUUAAUAGUUUGAUGGAGCAAUUGAAGAACAUGCAAAUUUCAUAUGAUCCUCUUUCCCCUGGUGCUGAAGCUGAAAAAGCCGAGAUGCAAAUAAGAACUAUUAUGGAAAUUCAGAAGAAAUUAAUGAACCUGAAAUCAAUCAACGAAAAAACGUUAUAGUAUAAAGUCACACUAUUUAUUUUUAAAAAUCUUUUCUUCAAUAAAUUUAAUAUUAGCAGUU